CCGCAUAAGCACACACCCAGACCCAGACCCAGACCCAGACCCAGCUCCAAUCUAAGCAGCAAGAAUUCGAAUUCUGCAUCUUCGUUCCAGCUAGCGCGUUGGACUCACUCCACGACGCGUCUGACGAGAAAAAUCUCAGAUGCGGAGCUUGCACGCACUGCUUUGCUUCAAGUUCGGUUGAGCCUGCCCACUUCGGUUUCCAGUUAGUUGGGUGCACUGCAGAAGAAUCAUGGCUAGGGUUUCCAGCAAUUGGGAGAGGUUGGUGCGCGCGGUGCUGCGGGGGGGACAUGGCCGGACCGGCAGCGGGAUCGCCGGCGCUGUUCCGGAUUCGCUCCAGCGGAGCACCAAUAUUAAUGCGAUUCUGCAGGCGGCGGAUGAGAUUCAGCUGGAGGAUCCGAAUGUUGCUAGGAUAUUGUGUGAGCAGGCAUAUGGAAUGGCUCAGAAUUUGGACCCCAACAGCGAUGGAAGAGGUGUUCUGCAGUUUAAGACUGGGUUAAUGUCUGUGAUCAAGCAAAAGCUUGCAAAGAAGGGUGGUGCUGAAAUAGACCGUAGUCGUGAUAUUGAGCGGUUGUGGGAAUUUUAUCUGCAAUAUAAAAGACAACAUAGAGUGGAUGAUAUCCAGAGAGAGGAGCGUAAAUGGCGUGAAUCUGGUCCUCUCAGUGCCAAUAUGGGAGACUUUCAACAUAGGAUUGGAGAAAUGAAGAAAGUAUUUGCCACAUUGAGGGCAUUGGUUGAGGUGAUGGAGGCACUUAGCAAAGAUGCACCUCCAGAUGGGGUUGGGAGGCUAAUUAAGGAAGAGUUAAGGAGGAUAAAAAAGUCUGAUGCAACUCUAUCGGCUGAGCUCAUGCCGUACAACAUUGUCCCUCUAGAAGCACCAUCUUUUACCAAUGCUAUUGGAUACUUUCCAGAAAUCAGGGCUGCAGUGUCAUCAAUAAGAUACUCUGAACAGUUUCCACGUCUUCCAGCUGAUUUUGAAAAGCCUGAACGUCGGGAUAUGGACAUGUUUGACCUUUUGGAAUAUGUGUUUGGCUUUCAGAAAGAUAAUGUAAGGAACCAACGUGAGCAUGUUAUUCUGGCCUUGGCCAAUGCACAAUCACGACUUGGCACCCUAGAAGAGGCUAAUCCAAAACUAGAUGAAAAGGCUGUACGAGAGGUCUUCUUGAAGGUCUUGGAUAAUUAUAUAAAAUGGUGUAGAUACUUGAGGAAACGCGUUGUGUGGAAUAGCCUGGAAGCUAUUAACAGGGACAGGAAGCUUUUCCUUGUUUCACUGUACUUAUGCAUAUGGGGCGAAGCGGCGAACGUUCGGUUUCUUCCUGAAUGUAUCUGCUACAUAUUUCACCAUAUGGCGAGAGAUUUAGAUGCUAUCCUGGAUCGUGGUGAGGCAACUCAUGCUGCCAGUUGUACAAGUGAAAAUGGUUCCGUGUCAUUCUUAGACGAAAUCAUAAGCCCCAUAUAUAAGGCCAUGGCAGCGGAAGCUGCAAAUAACAACAAUGGGAAAGCUGCACACUCAAAAUGGCGGAAUUAUGAUGACUUCAAUGAAUAUUUCUGGACACCAUCUUGCUUUGAGUUGAGUUGGCCCAUGAAAAAGAAUUCGCCAUUUCUAUUGAUUCCUAAAGGGGGAAAACGGACCGGUAAAAGCUCAUUUGUUGAGCAUCGAACUUUCCUUCAUCUAUAUCGAAGUUUUCAUAGGCUGUGGAUCUUUUUGAUUGUAAUGUUUCAGGCUCUUACUAUUAUUGCUUUCAAAGAUGGACAUCUUAAUCUUGACACCUUUAAAUUACUUAUCAGCAUUGGACCAACAGUUGCUAUUAUGAAUUUUUUAGAGAGUUUUAUGGAUGUUGUACUGAUGUUUGGGGCCUAUACUACUGCUCGAGGGAUGGCUGUAUCCAGGCUUGUUAUUAGGUUCUUUUGGUGGGGCUUGAGCUCUGUGUUUGUAGUUUAUGUCUACAUUAAGCUUAUGGAAGAAAGGAGCGAUCCCACCUCAAAUUCAUUUUAUUUCCGGAUUUAUAUCAUAGUAGUUGGUGUAUACGCUGCUCUUCGCAUCCUCUUCGCUUUGCUCGUCAAAUUCCCCGCAUGUCACAGACUUUCAGAAAUGUCCGACCAAUCAUUUUUUCAAUUUUUCAAGUGGAUUUAUCAGGAACGGUAUUUUGUUGGUAGAGGACUUGUUGAAAAGCCUACAGACUACAUGAGCUAUGUUUUUUACUGGUUGGUGAUCUUUGGUGGCAAAUUCACAUUUGCUUACUUUCUUCAGAUUAAACCACUUGUCUCUCCGACUAGAAUUAUUGUACGUCUACGGCAACUUCAGUACUCAUGGCAUGAUUUGGUAUCAAAGGACAAUAGUAAUGCUUUGACUGUAGCAAGUCUGUGGGCACCUGUGGUGGCUAUAUAUCUUAUGGAUAUUCAUAUUUGGUACACACUAUUGUCUGCAAUUUAUGGUGCUGUGAUGGGAGCAAGAGCUCGACUAGGAGAGAUUCGUUCUAUUGAAAUGGUUCACAAGCGUUUUGAAAGUUUUCCCGAGGCUUUUGUGAAGAAUCUUGUGUCUCCACGAAUCAAAAGGGUGCCUUUUGAUAGAGACUCAUCUGAGACUUCUCAUGUGAAUAACAAGGCCUAUGCAGCUAUGUUUUCCCCAUUUUGGAAUGAAAUAAUCAAAAGCUUGAGGGAAGAAGAUUAUAUCAGCAAUCGGGAGACAGACUUACUUUCGAUGCCAAGCAACACUGGAAGUCUGAACUUGGUUCAAUGGCCACUUUUCCUUCUCAGCAGUAAGAUCUUAUUGGCCAUCGAUUUGGCUGUUGAUUGUAAAGACACACAAUUUGAUCUUUGGAAUAGAAUAUGCAAGGAUGAGUACAUGGCAUAUGCAGUUCGGGAGUGCUAUUCAAGUAUUGAGAAAAUUUUGCAUUCCCUGGUUGAUGGAGAAGGAAGGCUUUGGGUUGAAAGGAUAUUUCGUGAGACUAACAACAGUAUAGGGGAAGGUUCACUAGUCAUUACAAUGUCCCUUAAGAAGCUGUCUGUGGUGCUUUCAAGAUUUACAGCGUUGACUGGCCUACUGAUCCGUGACCGUACUCCUGCACUUGAAAGAGGUGCAGCUAAUGCUGUGUUUGAUUUCUAUGAUGUUGUUACACAUGAACUAGUGUCACCUGAUUUAAGGGAACAGCUUGAUACAUGGAAUAUACUGUUGAGGGCUAGAAAUGAAGGGCGCCUCUUUUCAAGGAUAAAAUGGCCAGAGGAUCCUGAUAUUAUAGAGCAGGUGAAAAGGUUACACCUACUUCUGACUGUAAAGGAUAGUGCUGCUAAUAUACCAAAGAAUCUUGAAGCAAGAAGAAGACUGCAAUUUUUCUCGAACUCAUUGUUCAUGGAUAUGCCACCAGCUAAACCAGUUAGUGAGAUGGUGCCAUUCUGUGUCUUCACUCCCUACUACAGUGAAACAGUGCUUUAUAGCAACUCUGACUUGCGGGAUGAAAAUGAAGAUGGAAUCUCAACUCUCUUCUAUCUUCAGAAAAUAUUUCCAGAUGAAUGGGAGAACUUUUUGGAACGUCUCGACCAAACUGAUGCUGAUGAAUUUGAAGAAAAUUCAGAUGCUGCUUUGGAACUUCGAUUUUGGGCAUCUUACAGGGGGCAGACUUUGGCUAGGACAGUGCGUGGUAUGAUGUACUAUAGAAGGGCCUUGAUGCUUCAGAGUCACUUGGAAAGAAGAUCUCUAGGAGAGGAUGAUUCUUUUCUGUCGAGUUUGUCCAGUCAAGGUUUUCAGCUAUCACGUGAAUCACGGGCUCAAGCUGAUAUCAAGUUCACUUAUGUUGUAUCUUGCCAAAUUUAUGGGCAACAAAAGCAGCAAAAAAAACCGGAGGCUACUGAUAUUGCUUUACUACUACAAAGGAAUGAGGCACUUCGUGUUGCUUUCAUACAUACAGAAGAGAAGGAUGGAGGUGAUGGGGUUGUUACGAAGGAAUUUUAUUCAAAGCUUGUUAAAGCUGAUGCAAACGGAAAGGAUCAGGAAAUAUAUUCCAUUAAACUUCCUGGCGAUCCCAAGCUCGGUGAAGGGAAACCUGAAAAUCAAAAUCAUGCUAUAGUCUUUACACGAGGAAGUGCUGUUCAAACGAUUGACAUGAAUCAGGACAACUACCUUGAGGAGGCAAUGAAAAUGAGAAAUCUCCUUGAAGAAUUUAACUCAAAUCACGGGCUUAGACCUCCCACAAUCCUUGGUGUAAGGGAGCACGUCUUCACUGGAAGUGUUUCUUCCUUGGCCUGGUUCAUGUCCAACCAAGAGACUAGUUUUGUGACGUUGGGACAGCGUGUCUUAGCAACGCCUCUUAAAGUUCGUAUGCACUAUGGGCAUCCAGAUGUCUUUGACCGGAUUUUUCAUGUUACUCGCGGUGGUGUUAGUAAAGCAUCACGGGUUAUUAAUAUCAGCGAAGAUAUCUAUGCAGGGUUCAAUUCUACGCUGAGGCAGGGAAACAUCACACACCAUGAAUAUAUUCAGGUUGGAAAGGGAAGAGAUGUAGGCUUGAACCAAAUUGCUCUGUUUGAAGGUAAAGUUGCUGGGGGGAAUGGAGAGCAAGUACUGAGCAGGGAUGUGUACAGACUUGGGCAACUCUUUGAUUUCUUCAGAAUGUUAUCCUUCUUUUUCACCACCGUUGGCUACUAUGUUUGCACCAUGAUGACUGUUCUUACACUAUACGUUUUUCUCUAUGGAAGAGUUUAUCUAGCAUUGUCAGGACUCGAUAAGGCAAUUUCACGGGAAGCCAAAUUAAUGGGGAAUACGGCAUUAGAUGCUGUUCUGAAUGCUCAGUUUUUUGUCCAGAUUGGGAUAUUCACUGCAGUUCCCAUGAUUGUGGGUUUUAUACUUGAGCAGGGAUUGUUGCAGGCUGUUUUCAGUUUUAUCACAAUGCAGCUUCAGCUCUGUUCUGUCUUUUUCACAUUUUCAUUAGGAACCAGAACUCAUUAUUUUGGUCGCACUAUUCUACAUGGAGGUGCAAAGUACCGAGCAACUGGAAGAGGUUUUGUUGUCCGCCACAUAAAGUUUGCAGAGAAUUAUCGGCUUUACUCAAGAAGUCAUUUUGUAAAAGCGUUGGAAGUAGCAUUGCUCCUUAUUGUUUUCAUUGCCUAUGGAUACUCAGAUAAAGGCGCUGUGACAUUUAUUUUAUUAACUAUAAGCAGUUGGAUACUUGUGAUCUCUUGGCUCUUUGCUCCUUAUCUAUUCAAUCCAUCUGGAUUUGAAUGGCAAAAGACUGUAGAGGAUUUUGAUGAUUGGACCAAUUGGCUUAUGUAUAAAGGAGGAGUUGGAGUAAAAGGGGACAAUAGCUGGGAGUCUUGGUGGGAAGAGGAACAGAUGCAUAUACAGACGAUGAGAGGACGCAUACUUGAAACAAUUUUAAGCUUGAGAUUUAUUAUUUUUCAGUACGGCGUUGUCUACAAACUUCAUCUUACAGGAAACCAUACAUCUAUUGGGGUCUACGGGUUCUCUUGGGUUGCAUUGGUUUUCAUCGUUAUAAUAUUCAAGAUCUUCACCUUUAGCCCCAAAAAGUCGACUAAGUUCCAGCUAAUGAUGCGGUUUAUACAAGGACUGACAGCAAUUAUGGUUAUUACAGCCAUUUGCCUGGUUGUGCUGUUUACAGAACUAUCUGUACCAGAUUUGUUUGCCUGCAUCCUUGCAUUUCUUCCCACCGGAUGGCUCAUCCUUUGUCUGGCAAUCACUUGGAGACGGGUAGUGAAGAGUUUAGGCCUCUGGGAUUCUGUAAAAGAGUUUGCUCGUAUGUAUGAUGCUGGAAUGGGUAUGCUCAUCUUUGCCCCAAUUGCCGUGCUAUCGUGGUUCCCAUUUGUUUCCACUUUCCAGUCGCGCCUGCUCUUCAAUCAGGCCUUCAGUCGUGGUCUCGAGAUCUCCCUUAUCCUUGCUGGUAACAAAGCUAAUGUUCAGGCCGACUCUUAUUAAACUAGACAACAAUCUGUGUACUUUGUUUGGUUUGUAUGUGUAAUAGACCUAAAAAUAUCGAUUUUUUGAAGACUUGAGUCUGUAAGCUUUUGUUUGUAGCUCACCUAAGGCUAAGGUAGAUUGAUUUUUUGUAUGUAAUCUAAACUUUGUAGUGGUGAGAUUGGGUUGGUUUGGGUUUGGGUGUUGAUGAUACUUGAAACCUUUAGCUUGUACAAAUUCAAAUUCCUAUAGUGACUCACUUUAUUCA